CUCGUUUGGUUUGGCCAGGUUUCUCGCUCCUGAUGCAUAAAUAUUUCCGAAAUUCGAAGCACAACGAAGAGUGAGGUUAGAUUCCCAUUGAGAUAAUUGCGUAAUAGAUUUAAUUCGCGAACGGAUUAUUACGAUGCCGCGUGAAUUAGCCCCUCACAAUGCUGCGUGUAAUGAUAUAUUCGCUGAGUAUCAAGAAUGUCAAGCUGAGCACCCGGUCGGCAAAUUUUUUGGCUACUGCACAAAUCUUAACAACGCUUUGAGGAAAUGCUUGAAAUCUCAGAGGCGCAUCAAGCAGGCUGAAAAUUUAAAACGAUCUGAAGAAUUGCACGCCAGGAUUCAAGCAAGGAUACGCGAACAAGAAGACGAAAUAUAAUGAAUCAGGAACAUCCCACACCUAGCCUGGAACCUGAAGUUAAAAGGCGAAAGGUAUUCGAAGUGAACAACGGUCAACCAUUAGAACAUAUAGUGAGAGAAACCGAGGAAAAACGAUUGAUUCCUAUUGAAGAUUCAAAAACGACAGAGAAUAGAAAAGAGUUGCAUAUUUUGAAGAGUUUUAAGCCGACAACUGCAUUUCCCAAUGUUACAGAGCGUUAUUUGACCCCAUAUUAUCAUGUGAAUGAAGAAUCAGCAGGUGACGAUACCUGUAUAUGGGUUCACAGUAAUCGCAUUUGUUUGAUUAGUUUAGCAUCAAGUCAUGAUAUUAUUAAAAUGCAAAAGAAGAUCAAGUGUAUCAAUUUUAAAGUAACUGAAAAGUUGGAUCGGGCGUCGAAUAAGGUGUCAGGUAAAAGUAAACAUGGUGCACAACCUCUGCAACCAUCUUCUACCAUCUGCUCAAUAGAGUGUGAGGAUGGUGGAAAGUAUUCUGUCAAAUGUAACAUGACUGGAAAAUUAAUGGAGGUCAACGACGCCCUACUAAAAAAACCAGAGCUUUUGUUUGAGCCGCCGCACAAAGGAGGGUAUCUUGCAAUUGCUUUACCCAAUAUUAAUCGAUUUGAAACAUUAACGACAGAGUUACUAACUCAAGAAAGUUACAAUGCCAGGAUAGCCAUAAGACAAACAGUUACGUGAUGAAAAAAUAAAACUCCUUGUACAUAAAUCUAUUUCCUUUCCUUCAAACCGCACAGCGUUAGGUAAUUCUCAAAACUCAAAUUUCA